AUGCACUUUGUGGCCGUCGGCUUCGCUCCAAGGAAGGGCGACUGGGUGGUCGGCAGGGUCAGCGAAACGCAGACGAGGGUCGGCUUGAACGUGACUUUGCUGGGCCUGAUGAACUGCCUCGUCCGGAAGUGGGAUUUGUCCACGGACCUCAGGUUCUGCCCGAGCACGUCGCGGUGGCUGGACGUCCGCAGCGCCGAAGACGACGCGGACGGCAGCGUGAAGGGGGUUGACCUGACCCUGAGCCGGGUCUGGCUCCGGCUGCGGGAGGACACAUGGGUGGACAGCUUUAACAUGAGUGGCCAUGACCUCAGCUGUCGGGAUCCAGACUGCGAGGGGUCCUCGACAGACUAA